AUACGGGUUCUGUCUGAUACCCAUAUUAAAACUUGGAAUCAUUCUUGACCAAAAUCCUUUAAGUCAAUAUGAGACACCGCAGCGCCGCGCCACUCGCAGCGGAACCACCGCAACCCCAACCUUCACUGUCCAAUUCGCUUCCUCACCGCAAGAAGAAGCGCAAGCGCAGAGUCCCCGGUCCCGCCACUUCCACUUCCGUUUCCUCUGAAACCAGCUUCGCCAAUGAUCCCGACCAGCUCAAGAAUCGCAUUCAUGACGCUGCUGUUGAGUUCGAGCAGGAACCUAAAGGGGAACAGGGUAUAUCCUCUUAUCCUUUGCUGGAGCUAAGGCAGAGAAGUGUGAAAGUUGGCGAGAGUUUGGGAAAUUCGGUGGUUACGGCCGUCGAUGCAGGUGAUGCUAAGGAAGUUUGUUCGAUUGCAGCGGCAACAUCGGAGACGGCGGAGUCGUUGGAGUUAAAGCGUGUUUUGGAAGAUGAUUCGAUCUCGAACAAGUCACCCAUGUCAUACUUUUUUGAGAGAGUGUACUAUGGAAAUUCUGUGUGGAGCACAACAACUAUUGGGGAUGAAAAGGGACGAGAAAGAGUUUAUGACACUAUCUUCCGCUUGCCAUGGAGAUGCGAAUUGCUUAUAGACGUUGGUUUCUUUGUCUGCUUCAAUUCGUUUCUGUCAUUGUUAACUGUCAUGCCCACUAGGAUGCUGAUGGUCGUUUGGAGGCUUCUGAAAACAAGGAAGUUCAAAAGGCCAUCUACAAUUGAGUUUUCAGAUUUUAGCUGUUUUCUUAUUUUGGCUUGUGGAGUCACUGUUUUGCAGCAAAUAGAUAUCAGCUUAAUAUAUCAUAUGAUCCGUGGUCAAGCAACAAUCAAGUUGUAUGUGAUCUACAAUGUGUUAGAGAUAUUUGAUAAAUUAUGUCAAAAUUUUAUUGGGGAUGUGCUGCAAAUGCUAUUUCAUUCAGCAGAAGAGCUUGCAAGAUGCCCCCCUGAAACACAAAGUAUGAGAUUCUGGAUAUGGAGAUUUAUUUCUGACCAAGUUUUAGCCGUUGUUACUUCAAUUGUUCAUUCUGUUAUCUUAUUAGUUCAGGCAAUCACUUUAUCAGCCUGUAUUGUUUCUCACUACAAUGCCCUGCCAGCCCUGCUGGUGUCCAAUAAUUUUGCUGAGAUAAAAAGCUAUGUGUUUAAGGGAUAUAGUAAGGAUAACGUUCACAGUAUGGUGUACUCUGAUUCCAUAGAGAGAUUCCAUAUAUCAGCAUUUAUCUUAUUUGUUUUGGCUCAAAAUAUUCUGGAAGCAGAAGGACCCUGGUUUAUAAGCUUUAUCAAUAAUAUCCUCUUGGUUUAUCUAUUUGAGAUGGCUAUAGAUGUGAUCAAGCAUUCAUUCAUUUCCAAAUUUAACAACAUUUCACCCAUUGCAUAUUCUGAGUUUCUUGAAGUCCUAUGUAAACAGACUCUACAUAUUCAAACCGAGGAUGCAAAAAAAAAGUUGACUUUUGUCCCUCUUGCUCCAGCGUGUGUGGUCAUUCGAGUUCUGGCUCCAGUUUAUGCCGCUAACCUUCCUUACAAUUCCCUUUCAUGGAGGCUAUCUUGGAUUCUGUUAUUUUCGGCAAUAACCUACAUUAUGCUAACAAGCCUCAAGGUUCUAAUUGGCAUGGUUCUACAGAAGCAUGCCAGAUGGUAUGUUAAUCGCUGUCAAAAGAGGAAGCAUCAUCUUCAUGCAGAUUAACUUGUGGAGCACAACUAAAUUAAUGCAGAUCAACUUCCAGCGCCAAGGAAACACAUACACGUAAAAUAUUGUACGCAUGCAGGUAAUCUUUGAAGCAUGUGCAGUAAUGCUCAUCAAAGAUGUGCAUUUGAGCUUGUAAAUGAUUGUGUAUGUAUGUACAUUAUACACAUUUCCAUUUAUCGUCUUUUAUAUGAUUUUCACGAAGCUAAUAGUUUAUUAGACAACAAAAAUGUCUUUGUGCACAUGUAAAAUGUUCUGUAGCUUCUACC